AGAAGCUACAGGUCCUUGAAGAGAUGGCAAAAUCCAUGGAUUUCUGUGUUUUCAGUGUCCUGGUGACUGGAUCCGACCGGGGGAUCGGUCUGGGUCUGGUGAAGAGGUUUCUGGAGCUGCCAUGUCCACCCAAGUGGGUCUUUGCUACAACCCUUGACCUGGAGGGAGAAGAAACCAAGGAGCUGAGAGAGUUGGCUUGCAAACAUCCGAAUCUGGUGAUGUUGCAAUUAGAUGUUACUAACCUUGAAAGCAUCCGAGCAGCUCAGAAAGAAGUGCAGAAAUGUGUUGGAGAAGGUGGUCUGACCAUCCUAUACAACAAUGCCGGCAUUUGGACUUUCACUGACCUGCAAACAGAAAAUGCCAAGGAUAUGAUGAGUGUUUAUUCUGUCAAUACCAUUGGUCCAUUACAAAUGAGUCAGGCCUUCCUACCCCUGCUGAAGAAGGCAGCCCAGAGAAGCCCAUGUCAAGGGCUGAGUUGCAGUAAAGCAGCUAUUAUUAACAUGUCCAGCAGCACGGGCUCAAUUGAAUUGAUGGAUUAUUGGGUCCAAUGUCAGAUAAUUGGAUACCGCUGCAGUAAGGCUGCUCUAAACAUACUCACGAAGUGCCAGUCUCUUCAAUAUUCAGCCGAUGGGAUUAUGAGUGUUGCCAUCUAUCCUGGUUCAGUUAGCACUACUCGCAACCCAAUUCCGGAAAUCAGUGUGGAAGAGAGCACUCAAGGCAUCAUAGCUGUGCUGUCCAAGCUUUGUGAAGAGGACAACGGGACCUUUUUGGAUUGGUUGGGUCGCCCAGUUCCCUGGUGAUCCAUCGGUCUCACCCUUAAGAGAGCGAGUGGCGAUGGAACCUCCAAUAAACCA